GGGAAAAAAAGGAACCAAGGUUCAAAUAGUAUACGGUGAUACAAAGAAGGACUUGCAGCGAGUGUGCUCCGCUGUUUAGGCACACGCGCCUACGCGUUGACUCAGUUAUACAGGUUCACGUGCACACACUUGCGGGUGGCAUUUUUUUUUUUUGACUUUUGUUCCGGAUAACAGCGGAGAGAAAUUCAAAGAAAGAGAGAGAAGACGGGUCAACCUGCUCAGUUGCGGCUUUGAUUACUCUGCCACAACGUAAAAGUCGGCACGCUUCCAGCUUCUACAAUAGCACGUAUCUUCUCCAGUGCUUCAACGGCUCUUUUCGUUUAAAAAUUAGGUUUCAACCGCAUCGCCGGCCUCUCUCAUUACUACUACUAUUACUACCACUUCUGUGCGUCACACCUGCUCUUUUCAGCGUCGUAAUCGAACUUUUUCUUUGUUUGCUGAGCUCUUUUUUUUUCCUUUCUCUGAUUCCUCUUUUCUCGUUUAUGUCGUCUCCGAGACUACGCCAUGUGAGAUUUCAGCGUAGUCGUCCCUGCCUGUAAUUUCUGUUUAUUUCUUCCUUUUUGCAGUAAGCUCCCCCGUUGCCUCUUCUUUUCCUAUCAUGCUAGAAAAGGAAGUGUUUCGAAUACGUGCGGAGACCGAGGAACGGCACGGCGUGGCGGCCGCCGCAGCGGCGACAACGACGGCGGAGCCGUCCCGCCCGAACACUUCCUCUUUGGAUUCUCCAUCUACGGAGAAGAUGGAGGCCCCACCCACCACUGCCCAAGAUGGGGGCGUACACCGUGCACAACACCACGAGAAUAGGUCGAGUGAUUAUGACUUCACUGCAACCACAUCUGCCGACCCGCAUACCCAAAAAACUUUGCGUGGCCGACAGACAUCGCCACGAGCACCAGCCAGUUGCUCCUCGCAGCAUCGCGUACUUGCGGAGCGGGCCGCCGCCUCCUUUUGUCAAGACCGGCGACUGCAGCGCGGCCACAUCGCCCUCCACACGGCGGGGUCGCCGACGUGGAAUGGGCUGCUGGACUCGGAGCUACACCUCUCGAAGUCUCCUGUCUGCCUGCCGCAGCCAGCAUCCGAUAACGGCAUCUCGGACACAGAGCACACCGCAAUGAUGGAGGCGAUGCUGUGUCUGCCCCCCUCCACAGUGGCUUGUCGACAGCCAAAGCAGCCUCACCCACCGCUGCCGGUCCGGCGUCGCUGACGGCGGAAGACGAUGAGGGGGACGUGGAGUACAAGUGGCGCCUCACCGGCAUCUCGGCGACCCGCUUCCAGCACCUCGUCACCCAAAUGCAGUUUCGUGUGUCCGAGGGCAGAGGACAGUGCCUGUACGAACUCGGUGUGUCGGACGAUGGCACGCCGCGUGGGCUGACACGCCGCGAUUUCGACGAGUCCGUGCAGACAAUUGAGCGGAUGGCGGCGCAGCUGCAGCUGGAGGCGACCUUGUUGCAGUGUUGUGCGGUGUCCACUGCAACCGCCAAGAUGACAGGAGAGGCGGCGGAGGAGGAGCUGCUGUGCGGAGAGAUUAUGGUGUCUCGACGGCAGUCGAGUAGCGCCCAUGACUUGAGUGUCGCCUUCUGUGGCGCGGUCGGGUGCGGCAAGUCGACCCUGAUGGCCGUCCUCCUCACCGCCCACCUGGACGACGGCUGCGGCGGCACGCGUCAGUCCCUUUUCAACCACAAACACGAGCUCGAUUCUGGCCGGACAAGUUCACUUGCCGCACGAGUGUGGACGGUGCCGCAGGUUGCUGCCGCCACGUAUCGGGGAGGCAGCUACCGUUCCCCACCUCCGCAGCCGCCUCAACCGCCCGCUGUGUCUGUGCCGAGUCGAUUUCGUCCAAGUUGGUCACCCGCGUCGUUGCCUGUGGCUGCAGCUGCUCCACCGACUCCGCCCUUCACCUGCGCUUCUCCCCGCUCCAUCACUCUGCUAGACGCCGGCGGCGACAUCACCAAAACAAUGCUGUUUGGCUUAAUGAGCCGGAAGCCGGACUACGUGUGCGUGUGCGUCGCGGCUGACGCGAGCGACGUCUCGGACGUCUCCUUGUACGCCGAGGUGUGCUGCGCCAUGAACACGCCCUUCCUGCUGGGCGUCACGAAGUGCGACUGCGUGGAGGAGUUCGAGCUGGACGGGCUGCUGAUGGAGCUGACGGUGGCUCUGGAGAAGGUGGGCUGUGUGGCGGAGCAGGUGGAGUCGAAGCAGACCGCCGCGGCGUACUGUCGGGAUUGGCUGCCGCGGCACCGCGAGGCGGCGGUGGGGGGCGGCAACACCUACGCUUCCUUCGCCUCCCCGACGACACAAGACGCACCCGCCACGGCGGAGCGCCUGCGCGUGCCGAUGUUCUGCGUUUCGUCGGUGGCGGGCGGGGACGGGCUGGACCUCUUCCGCUCCUGCCUUUCCCAUCUGCAAAACACACCCCCCUCGCCACCGCUGAGCCCACCGUCCUGCGCCUCCAAGCCGCCCUUUGAAGUCCUCCUCGACUGUGCCUUCGAGGUGGACGACGUUGGGCCGGUGGUGCACGGCCGCGUCGCGCACGGCCCGGUCGAGGUGGGCUGCUCGUGCUAUAUCGGCCCCGGCAGCGAUGGCCGCUUUUACACCGUCCUCGUCCGCGGCAUCCACGUCGAGGGCGAGCACGUCAACACGGCGCAGGUCGGCGACGAGGCGACCUUCGCGCUGGACCGACUGCCCGCGGCGGUCACCGUGGCGCACAAGGGCAAAGUGCUCGUGCGCCAGCCGGAGCGGGUGGCGAUGGCGUUUGAGGCGACGGUGCAGGUGCUGUCACAGUCGAUCGGCGCACAUAUGGAGCCGAUCAUGUACACCCGCAACGCGCGACAGGCCGUGAACGUAGUGUCGGUGGCCUCGACAUCUGGUGAUGCGGCGGCUGGCGCGGUGCCGGAAGGGAGGCGUGAGUGCACCAUGCAAUGCCGCUUUCUCUUUCGCCCUGAGGUGGUUGGCCCAGGCGACGCCGUCGUGUUGCACUGGGCACCGCGUGGCAUCGCCGUUGGCCGCAUCACUGCUGUCGGUACGUCUGGAAUCUAA